UGCUCCGCUGGCCGGCGGGCGGGGACAGCGCGCCGGCCAUGGCUCCGGGGGUGGGGGCCGAGCUCUGGGCGCUGACCCCGCUGCGCGCUGUGUGGCUCACGCUGGCCGCCGCCUUCCUGCUGACCCUGCUGCUGCAGCUCGUGCCGGCCGGCCUGCUUCCGUACUGCGCGCUCUUCCAGGACCUGAUCCGCUACGGGAAAACCAAGCUUGUGGGGCCGCCGCGCCCGGCCGCCUGCCGGGCCUUUGAUGUCCCCAAGAGGUAUUUUUCUCACUUCUAUAUCAUCUCAGUGCUAUGGAAUGGCUUCCUGCUUUGGUGCCUUACUCAAUCUCUGUUCCUGGGAGAACCUUUUCCAAACUGGCUUCAUGGUUUGCUCAGAAUUCUUGGGACUGCCCAGUUCCGAGGGGGUGAGCUGGCACUGUCUGCAUUCUUAGUGCUGAUAUUUCUGUGGCUACACAGCUUGCGAAGACUCUUUGAGUGCUUCUAUGUCAGUAUCUUCUCCAACAGCGUGAUCCACGUGGUGCAGUACUGUUUUGGGCUUGUCUACUACAUCCUCCUCGGCCUAACUGUGCUGAGCCAAGUGCCAAUGGAUGGCAGGAAUGUCUACAUAAUAGGGAAAAAUCUACUGAUGCAAGCACGAUGGUUCCAUAUCCUCGGAAUGAUGAUGUUUAUCUGGUCAUCUGCCCAUCAGUAUAAGUGCCAUGUCAUUCUCAGCAACCUCAGGAAAAAUAAAGCAGGAGUGGUCAUUCACUGUAACCACAGAAUCCCUUUUGGAGACUGGUUUGAAUAUGUUUCUUCCCCUAAUUACUUAGCAGAGCUGAUGAUCUACAUUUCCAUGGCUGUCACCUUUGGGUUCCACAGCUUAACUUGGUGGCUAGUGGUGACAUAUGUCUUCUUCAACCAGGCCCUGUCUGCUUUCCUCAGCCACAAAUUCUACAAAAGCAAAUUUGUCUCUUACCCAAAGCAUAGGAAAGCUUUCCUACCAUUUUUGUUUUAACAUGACCUCGGUCAUGAAGAAUGCAAGCUAGGGGACAGGUUCAAUUCCUAGAGACAGUGAAAUCUGAAGACCUAAGUACAGUUUCUGCAGAACUGUUUGAAACUCUGUGUUCCAAAAAGUCUUCCCUGAAUGAGCAAAGCAGUUCUCCUCAAGAAAAUGCAUCUUCAAAGUGUCUUCAAAGAAGAAGUACUUCUGGCAGAUCUGGGAUUGCUAUGUCUGCUUUCUGAGAUAAUUUAUAAAGCCAACUAACAGAUAAAAUACAUGUGAACCCUUCUCCAAGCUACUUCAGAAGCAAACUAACCAAAAAUAUACAAACAGCUUCACACACACACACACACACACACACACACACACACACACACACACACACACACUCACAAAGGAAGAGAUAAGGUCAUCCGUGGCUAGAAUAGCCUGUCAGGGAAAAGCUAGCUGGGACUAUAUAAUGAGCAAUAUAGUAAGUGUUCAAUGAAUGUUUAUUGCAUUUCAAUAAAAGCAAAA